UUCCGUCUUCCUCCUCUACCAUAUAUAAAUAAUUUCAAGCCGCUUCCGUCUGGCCUUUUCGACAGUCUGUCUUGUAACGUAAAAUAGAGAUCAGUUCGCAGCACAGAACACCAUGGCUGAUGACAAACAUGACUCCGACCGGAGGUCUUUGUCUAUGGUCCACAAUGGCAGCUCUGAAACAGUCGACGAUGAUGCUCUUCUCGCCCAGCUUGGAUACAAAUCCGAGUUCAUUCGGGAGUUCGGCAACCUUGAGACCUUCAGUUUUGCUAUGAGUAUCAUGGGUAUGACGGCUUCCAUCGCCACGACUUUCACCACGCCCUUGUCAUUAGGAGGUGUAGCAAGUGUCGUAUGGUGUUGGCUUAUCGGUUCCAUCAUGAACAUCAGUUUGGGUGCUUCUAUCGCCGAAAUUGUCUCUGCAUACCCCACUGCCGGCGGCUUGUAUACCGCUUCUGCUCAAUUAGUUCCUCGACGUUACCGAGCCAUUGUCGGUUGGGUCACUGGUUACCUCAAUACUUUGGGUCAGAUCGCGGGUGUAGCGUCUACUGAAUGGGGUCUUUCUGGAAUGAUCCUUGCUGCCGUCGUCGUCUGCCGAGAUGACUACACUAUUGAAAACUGGCACCAAUUUGUGCUUUUCGUUGGGCUUUUGGUGAUCCAUGGUUUAUUGAACUCUUUACCGACGGCCGCUCUUGCCCGUUUGACCCGAGGUUUCGUCUUCAUCAACAUUGGAGCUGCGUUCAUUAUUAUCAUCACUCUCCUUGCUUGCACCCCCCGAGCGGAAAUGCACCCUGGAAGCUACAUUUUCACAGAGGUCGUAAACAACUCUGGAUGGCCGAACAGUGGUUUGGCGUUCAUGAUGGGUUUGCUGUCCGUCCAGUGGACAAUGACUGAUUACGAUGCCGCUGCGCACAUCAGUGAAGAAGUCCACCGAGCCGCCAUUGCAGCUCCUGUCGCUAUCUUCGUUGCCGUCAUCAACACUGGUGCCAUCGGAUGGAUCCUUAACAUUGUCCUCUGUGUCUGCGCUGGCGAUGUUACUGAGCUUCCCGGUCCUACUGGUAACGCCUUCCUCGCUAUAAUGUACCUUCGAAUGGGCAAGGCCGGCUCCAUGGUUCUCUGGUCAUUCGUCUGUCUCAUUGCUGCCUUCACUGUCCAAACUGCCCUUCACGCCAACGCACGAACUGUCUUUGCCUUCGCUCGAGACGGUGCCCUGCCUGACCGCGGAUUUUUUGGCAAGAUUUGGAAGAGGACUCAGACUCCCAUUAACGCCGUUUGGUUCGUCAUCGUCGUCAGUAUGCUCAUGGGUGUUUUGUCUUUUGCGAGCUUGACCGCCGUACAGGCUGUCUUCAGUAUGUGUGCGGUUGCCCUGGACUUGUCUUACAUCAUCCCCAUAAUUUGCCGAAGGAUAUUCGAUGGUCACUCCGAGGUCCGAUUCAAGCCUGGACCAUUCUACAUGGGCAAAUGGGGCUACAUCGUCAACGUUAUCAUGGUCGUCUGGACCCUCUUCGAAGUCACCAUCUUAUGUUUCCCCGAGACUUAUCCUCUCACCUGGGACACUUUCAACUACGCUGCUCCUAUCACUCUGGCCGUCAUGGGUCUGUCCCUCGUAUGGUACAUCAUUGCUGGUAGACGAUACUACGACGGUCCCCGAAGCAAUGUACAGGAAGAUACUCAAAAGGAGAAACCCGAUGAACCAUAAGCGACGUCGUCGACUUUUGGCAGUUCAACGUGCCCCGACGACAAACGCAUCCAUAUGCAGACCCUUGGGGGGAGCGUUCACGUUAUGACCUUGAAAGCGCAGUUGUUUAACCAGCGUGCGCAUACUUUGCAAUAUAAUGAGCUUUAUUGUUGAAAAAUUAUAGAUGUAGACUUAGACAUACAGACAGCUUUUCUUGGGUUUUGGUUGAGUUGCAUGUUGUCUUAUUGUUUUGGGAGAGAGCAUCAUGUUUCAUUAUGCUCACUGUUAUCAACUCUGUUCGUCUUACUACUGACAGAAGACAGUUGGGCAAUAGCUGAGCAAAUAUAUCAUCAUUUAUAACCCUUGGUGUCGGGUAAAGGCAAAAGGAAAGGUGUAAGUGUCCGACAUUAUCUGUCGACAUUAAGCACAGCUUUGACAUGACAGAGAUGAUUAGCAAGACGUUUGAAAGCUAGACGGUCACCGGUGAUGGGGAGUGAGCUACGGGAAAAAUGAGCACCGCGGCAGGUCAUGCUGAA